AUGCGUAAGUGUAAGGUUUUCGUUGGUAAUUCUCACCCUGAAUUAGGUAAGCUUGUCUGUGAAAGACUAGGUAUUGAACCUGCUCCAUGUUCUUUAAAAAGAUUUGCAAAUGGUGAAACAUCUGUCCAAAUCGGCGUUUCUGUACGUGACGAAGAUGUAUACGUCAUCCAAUCAGGUUCUCCAACCGUCAAUGAUCAUAUUAUGGAAUUAUUGAUUCUGGUUUCUGCCUGUAGAGGUGGUUCCGCUAGAAAGAUCACUGCUGUUAUUCCUCAAUUUCCUUACUCUAAACAAUGUAAGAUGAAGAAACAUAGAGGUGCCAUUACUGCCAGAAUGUUAGCAAAUCUAUUAAUUAUGGCUGGUGCAGACCAUGUUGUCUCUAUGGAUCUACAUGCUUCUCAAAUGCAAGGUUUCUUUACAAAGCCAGUGGAUAACCUAUAUGGUGGUCCAAGUUUAGCUAAAUGGAUAAGAGAAAAUGUUCCUGACUAUCAAGAUGCUGUCGUUGUUUCUAAGAACCCUGGUGGUACUAAGAGAGUUACCGCUUUAGCUGACUCUCUAAAGAUCAAUUUCGCCAUGAUUCACACAGAUCGUCGUCGUGCUAAGGAUCUAUAUUCUCAAAACAAGGAUCUACAACAACUAAGACUAAGAAAACAAUCAAUGCUAAGAAAGAGUAGACCUAUCGUCAGACAAGGUGACGAUCCAAAUGAGGAAGAAAAUAUUAUCUUCAGUAACGGUAUCCAAACUGCCAGAAUCCGUAACGGUCAUGUUAUUGGUGAUGAAGAAGCAGACGAAGAUACAGACGAAGUUGCUAUGGAAUCCGAUGAAGGUGACGAAUCAACCCCUAUGGCUCCAAGUGCAUCCUAUGCCCUUGGUGGUACAUAUGAUACCCUAGAUUCUGAAGAUGAAGAAGAUGAAGAAGAAGAGAUCCACAAGGAAAAAUUGAUCACACUAGUCGGUAACGUACGUGAUCGUGCUGCUAUUAUUUUAGAUGAUAUGAUUGAUAGACCAGGUUCCUUUAUCAGUGCUGCUGAACAUUUGGUUCAAAAUUGUGGUGCGAAGAGAGUCUAUGUUGUAGCGACACAUGGUUUAUUUACAGGUGACUGCCUAGAAGAACUUGAAAAGUGCGAAUAUAUCCAUCAAGUUAUUGCUACUAACACAUUCCCAAUUGCUCCAGAACGUUUAAAGAGCUCUAAGAAAUUAGUCAGUAUUGAUGUUUCUCCAAUCUUUGCUGAAUGUAUUCGUCGUGAUCAUUACGGUGAAAGUAUCUCUGUUUUAUUCGAUUCUUUGGCAUCUAUAUAA